UUUGUGACACUCAUCCCAUUUCUCUUACCUCGUGGCAGAACGUAAUUGGAGAAAAUGGUGAAGGGGCAUGUAGGGUACGAAACCAAGGGCCCGCAAAUCUGUCUCUAACUGUGCACCGGCAAUGGCGCGCGGCAAAGUGGUAAAGGAAACGAGGGAGCUACCCAUAGCCAGCCAUUGAGAGAAUGACGAUGGAUACGUCCGCAGGAGGUGGAAGCUGGACUACGAUCCCAAGCGUCCCACCCCACAGUAACGUAUCUACUCCCUCAAAUCAAGACCCUCCAUACCUCUCUCCACCUCCACCAUCACAACAAGAAGUGCAGCAGGAUCAACAUCAUCAGUCACUACCUUCUCACUUUCACCUCUUACACUUGGUCGAGAAUUUGGGUGAUGCAAUUGAUAAUGGAACUCGGAAUCAACAUUCUGAUGAUUUGAUUAAUGAACUGAACAAUCAUUUUGAGAAGUGCCAACAGCUUUUAAACUCGAUUGGGGCAUCAAUUAAUACCAAACCUAUGACUGUUGAAGGACAAAAGCAAAAGCUGGAGGAAAGUGAACAAUUGUUAAAUCAAAGGAGGGACCUAAUUGCCAACUGUAGAAGCUCUGUUGAAGAUCUUGUUAAGACUGAGCCAUAAUGCACAGCUUGCGACAACCGGUACUUCGCUUUGCUGCAUUCAGGUCAAGUGCUCGUUCUGUUGAAGUCCGGAAGUUCGACAACAGAAUCCAUAGAACUUGUAGUUAUAGAAUUAGAUCAUAUUCAUUUCUUUGUUUUGUCAAGUCCAAAACUCUUAAUAUCUUGUCUACCUUGCUCCUUUUAUCAAGAUUUCGUUUGGAACAUGAUCAUGUUCAAAUGCAAUCUUUUCCUUUUUCUCUUUUUGGUGCCAUUGAAGUUUAUCGGGAUCUGAAAUCUCGUUUGUGCUGGGGCCUGGAUGUUCAUAAAGUUUCUAGUGGAAGUGAAAUUAAGAUUAAUAAACCUUGUCCACUGUAUUGCAUUCAAGUUAUUCACUCUCCAAGUUGAUAA